GACGUGUUCAAGGUCUGCCAUAUAAAACUCUGUCCAUUGAUGCCUAAAAUUAUAGUCGUUUGUAAGAACUCAAAACAGCAAAAUCGAGAUGAACAAUUUGUCAAUCUUUAUAGCCCUUUUAGGGCUUACAGGAUACGUCUUAGGAAUUGAGGUCUUUGAUGUGGAGGAUAUCAUGGGUGGAGGAGCUAAAGGGGUAUUUAACGGCUUGAAAGUGGCAGUCCCUAAUAUCGGCGUCAAUGCCGUUGGUCAAGCUGUUUCCAAGUUUGACACUGCUCUACAAGCAGGAGCUUUAGACGCAGCCUACUCUAACUUUGCCGCCAAAUUCAAGAAAAAUCCUGCAAACAAAGGAAGCAAAAGUACUUUCAAGAGUAACGUUUUGUCAGUUUUUGAGCACAACCUGAAUGCGAAACAGGGGCUGGAGACCUUUACGAUGGGAGUUAACCCUUUUUCGGAUUUGACUUUGGACGAAGUUCGAGCCAAAUAUACUGGUGCUUUAAUCCCAAAUAUUACUCGUCGUGAUGUGUUUGAACUUAUGACGCCAUUAAGAACGCCAUUCGGAAGGAGGACUGUCCGUGCUGCGGCUGCUUCCAAAGAUUGGCGGCAAUAUGGAAUUGUCACCCCACCAAAGAUGCAGGGAAGCUGUGGUUCGUGUACAGAUUUUGCCGUAACAGGGGGUCUCGAGUCUGCAAUGGCUCUUUACAAAGGCGUCCGUGAUUUGGAUUUGUCCGAACAAGAAUUAGUGGAUUGCCCCACCGGAAGUGGAGUAGGUCGUUGUUCAGGAAAUUGGCCAGAACCAAUUUACGACUACAUGAAAAGUCAAGGCCAAACCACGGAAGCCCAAUAUCGAUACGAAGCAAAAGAAGGAUCAUGCCGCGCCUCAGGGAAGACGAAGGCUGCGAAAGUUAGCAACUACUACAAGACCACCAAGGGCGACGAAAAUAUGCUCAAGGAGUGGGUCUCCACGUACGGUGUCCACUCCGUCGUGAUCGAGGUGAACAGCGCAUUCCAAGGGUAUCGAAGUGGCGUCAUGAACUCUCCAUGCAGUAAUACGAGAUACGACCACUCUGUUCUUGUAGUUGGGUAUGGCUCAGAGAAUAACCAGGAUUAUUGGAUUGUCAAAAACAGCUGGGAUACUAACUGGGGUGACAAAGGAUACAUAAAAAUGGCUAGAAAUGCCAAUAACUUGUGUCUCAUAGCUGAUUAUGCUAUUUUACCUCAGGCUUAAAAAACUGGUGACUUAUGAAGGGAUUAUUAAUAAAGCACAAUUAAUUUAUCACUUCAUAAAAAAAUUGUCCAAAUUUUGAAUUAAUUUUGUUGACUUUCAUGUAUAUAAUUUGUUUGGAUUGAGGCUAUUAAAUAUAUAAUCUCCAUAUUUGGUUAUUAUAAUCCCUCAGAAUAAUUCAGUAUUGUGCUACCACAGUAUUGUAAUUCAGUAUUGUGCUAUAUCAUCACACUACAUCAGAUACAUAUAUGUAAAUAUACAAAAUGGAUGCAUAAUGAAUUGGAUUUUAUUACAAUAAUCUGACAACUUUGACUGAUUA